AUGAUAUGUCCUGUCUGUGGAGAUGAAAUAGAAACUGUCGAGCAUAUGCUUUUCACUUGCCCAAGAGCUCAAUUUGUAUGGAAAUUGGCAUCAGUCAGAUGGGAGGGGCUGAGAGAACUACAAGAUAAUCUAUGGAGAUGGUGGGAGGCGGUGGCGCAGACAGGAACUAAGGAGUCUGGGACAGAGCACAUAAGUCUAACAGCAAACAUCAUGUGGAACAUUUGGAAAGCAAGAAACAAGGUGGCCUUUGAGCAAAAAAGGAAGGAGGCAAAGGAGAUAUGUUUGAAAGCACAACAAGAAUGGCAGGAGUAUGAGGAAGUGAGGCAACAGGAGGAGGGGUACAAAAAGACGGCAGGAGAUACGGGCAAGCCUAAACCAGGGAAGGAACCAGUGCUAGAUGGAGUUAUUAGAAUUAGUACAGAUGCAGCCCUUAAUGCGAGAACGAUAAGAACAGGGAAGGGAAUAGUGGCUAGGCAUUGGACAGGCGAGAUUAUUAGAGCAAGGGGAGUAGUAGAGCAGAAGAAGGGGGAUGCUCUAAUGGAAGAAACUUUAAUCGUUAGAUUAGCUCUCCAAAUGGCUCCUGAAGAAGGUUGGGGGAAGAUAGCCAUCUUCUCAGACUGUAAAACGGCUACUGACUACAUUAAUGGCAACAAUGUUCAAGAUGGAAUCCUAGCAACCAUCCUGGAAGACAUUGCAGAUAUGGUUCAAGUUUUUGACUACUGCACGAUUUCUUGGAUGCCUAGAUCUCUUAAUACAGCAAGUCAUAGGCUAGCAUGUUUUGCUUCUCAGCUAGUUAAUGAUGUUAAUUGGGUAAAUCAGUGCCCAAACUGGUUAAAGGAGGCUAAUAGAUUAGAUGACAGGGCUUAUGCUCAUUUUGUAAGUAAUCCUUGUAGGAUCAAGUGUUAA